AUGAAGUUCACCGAGGGCAUGUGGUGUCUGCAGGAGGGCAUCCGGAUUGACUGGAUGAGCAAUGUCGAGCGAUUGAGUAUCCAGGAUGAAACUGUUCAGCUGUUGCUGAACAAGGUGCAGAGGAAUCGAGGAGAUACACUCAAUUCGGCAACCGUAUCAGCGCAGAUCACGUCACCAUUGGAAGGGAUUGUUGGGGUGAAACUAGUGCAUUGGGCAGGAGAAGUCGACCGAGGUCCCCAUUACGAACUUAAUACCGGCAAGGGACACACCAAGAUCAGCCAUGACAAGAAUAAGAACAAAUUGAGCUAUGCCAGUGGGCCACUUCAUCUGGGCGUCAACACCGCACCCAAUGAGCUAGACUUCGUCUUCAGCUCGCCCAACGGCAAGAAACUCACGGGCCACUCGUGGCGGUCCAUCGGGUACGUUGGAGACCAGAAGGCAGACAAAUACCGUUUCGAAGACGGGAUCUACGCCGAGCGACAGGGCUACAUGCUCGCGGAGCUGGAUCUGGGCGUGGGCGAGAAAGUCUACGGACUAGGCGAGCGGUUCGGCCCGUUUGUCAAGAAUGGUCAAACGGUGGAUAUCUGGAACGAAGAUGGCGGCACCUCGUCUGAGCUGGCGUACAAGAAUAUACCAUUUUAUAUUAGCUCUAAGGGAUACGGUGUGUUUGUGAACCAUCCGGGUAAGGUUAGUCUUGAGGUUCAGUCGGAGCGGACGACGAGAGUCAAUAUUUCUGUUCCUGGGGAGGAGAUUGAGUACUUUGUCGUUUACGGGGCGACUCCGAAGGAGAUUCUUAAGAGGUAUACGGAUCUGACAGGCAAGCCAGGUCUGGUUCCUUCUUGGAGCUAUAAUCUGUGGCUUACCACCAGUUUCACCACGAACUACGACGAGGAAACCGUCACCGGCUUCCUGGAUGGUUUCCGAGACAGAGAUAUCCCGCUGGGCGUCUUCCACUUCGACUGUUUCUGGAUGAAAUCGUACCAGUGGUGCGACUUUGAGUUCGACUCUGACAUGUUCCCCGAUGCUGGGGGUUACAUGCAGCGGCUGAAAGAUCGCGGACUGCGAAUUAGUGUGUGGAUCAAUCCGUAUGUGGGCCAGGCGUCGCCGCUGUUCGAAGAAGGGAAGAAGAACGGGUACUUCAUCAAGCGGACCGACGGCUCCGUAUGGCAAUGGGACUUCUGGCAAGCGGGAAUGGCCAUCAUCGACUUCACGAAUCCCGCCGCCUGCGCUUGGUACCGCCGACACUUGGAACGACUAAUGGACAUGGGCGUGGACAGUUUCAAGACCGACUUCGCAGAGCGGAUACCCGUCAAAGGAGUGACAUACCAUGACGGCUCCGAUCCAACGCGUAUGCACAACUACUACGCCCUGCUAUACAACAAAGAAGUCUUCGAGACGUUGAACGCGCGCGUAGGCCACAACCAGGGCCUCCUAUUCGCGCGCAGCAGUGCGCCAGGAGGGCAGAAGUAUCCUGUGCACUGGGGCGGCGACUGCGAGAGCACGUUCGAGGCGAUGGCCGAGUCGCUGCGCGGCGGGCUAAGCCUCAUGCUGUCCGGGUAUAUCUUCUGGGCUUCUGAUAUCGGCGGGUUCGAGGGCACGCCGCCGCCGGCGCUGUACAAGCGGUGGGUGCAGUUUGGGCUGCUGUCGUCGCAUUCGCGGCUGCAUGGGUCGUCAUCGUUCCGUGUGCCAUGGAUCUACGGCGAGGAUUGCUCGGCUGUGUUGCGCGACUGUGUUCGUCGGAAGAUCGCUCUGACGCCGUAUAUUCUCCUUGAGGCGCUGCGCGGCCAUGCGAGCGGCACGCCGCUGAUGCGGCCGCUUUUCCUUGAGUUCCCCGAUGACUUGUCCACCUACACCAUUGACACACAGUACCUAUUUGGGCCGAAUCUGCUUAUUGCGCCUGUCUUCUCAGAGGAUGGCGAGGUUACGUUUUACGUGCCUCGCUCGGCGGACGAUGAAUGGGGCAAAUGGGUGUCUUGGUUUGAUCACUCCAAGUCCUACGAGUCUGGACGCUGGUACACGGAGACUCAUGAUUUCGACACAAUGCCGAUUCUGAUCCGUCCCGGCUCAGUGACGCCAUGUAAUCCGGGGUUGAAGGCACCCCAGGAUGAUGCGUUGACGGGCAUCGAGUUGUUGAUUAAUGGUCAGCUGAGCGAGGAGACGGUGGUGGAUAUUGUUGACCCUGGUCAGACUGAUCAGGUCUUAAAGACGAUUCGUGUUCGCCGUGCUGCGGAUGGGAAGACGAUCGAGGCUGAGGGACAUUCGGUGAAGAUUGUCCAGAUCGGGCUGUAA